GGGUCUGGUUUGUAGCGACCCGUAGGUAAUUCGGUUCACAACCCGUUUCUGUACAUUACAAGGCUAAUCUUUCUUCAUCACCGUCAAUAGUUAUUCCAGUUUGACGGUAUCAUCUCUGAUUCCCGUUAUUUCAAUCCACUUUCUAGGAUCAUCCAUCUUACUGCGGUCACAUAGUCCACGGUGAUGUCCAUCUCUCAGCGCUCGCAUCAAAGUGCGCUCGGUCCUUCUUUAGAACACCGCAUUUCAUCACCCAUUUCAGGUUCUCCGUUUAUAUAUAAAUAUCCACUCAAAUCCUUUUAGCCCCCAAAGCCCACAGCAGGCCCUACCACCCUUGACUGCGCUUUUGCUACAGUCUUUUGACGCCUAAACAAUCAAAUCAUGCCUCACCAGAGUGUACCACUCCCUAGCAUACGCGACAUCUUCCCCGAAAUUUCAAUUCGCUCUCAAGACACUGAUAUGUCUUCUGAUCAUAUUCGCAGCGGCAGCCUCACAUCUCGCCACCGCGGCCCCAAGGCAUAUCGACUAGGCGAUGAAGCAAUUCGCAGUCUGCCAUCCCCACCCCCAUCCAGCACAAGUUCAGAUUCAGCCCCAAAUCGCCAGCUAUCCUAUCGCUCACAAGACGCUCUCCAAAGCCCCGCUACUUAUUCCUUCAAUGUCCUCCGAGCCGACCCUCUCACAUCCUCACUCGAGCACGUCGCUUCUAGCACCAAGUUGCGCAGUCGUGCAACAGCUUCCUCUCAGGGAAAUACAGGCGCCGCAAUCGCUAACGGAUCCUCACCCGCUUUCCGCGUUUCUAUGACUUCUUUUGUCCCUCAUCGCCCCUCACAACCACGCCCAAAGCAUAGGUCUCCUCCUCCGGUUUAUAGUUCCCAAAGCACACGAGACGAUAGCUUCACCGUAGCUGUUCCACCCCAACACCUUCAUGAAUCCAGGCCCCAGCCUUCAUCUUCCGUCUUAUCCUUUUCUGUAUCAGACCCUCCUAAUUCUGCAUCCACCGUCAUGACAAAUGACGGCAGGAGACCUUACCUAAAAUCAUCAGACCAUCUUAGCACAAUGCUGCAUGGAGAAGGGCGCGGUAAGAAGCACCAGUGUCCUCAUUGCGGCAAGCGAUUCAAUCGCCCAAGCAGUAUGAAGAUCCACGUAAACACGCACACGGGAGCAAAACCAUAUCAGUGCCCAUAUCCAGGGUGCGGUCGCGAAUUCAAUGUCAAUUCAAACAUGCGUCGCCACUGGCGAAAUCACACGAGAUUGUCUGCGGGCCAUUUGGCUGACAUGGAUGGGCGUGGUCCAUGUGACCAAUCACCGUUCCCUUCGGAUAUGCUGGUACACGGCCAAUCACUCGUGUCGCCACCAGCAACAGAUUCGGAAGAAUCGGACGACGAUCUUUCAGACGACGAUUCCCACUACGCAAUGGACGUGUACGAGGGCUGCAGUAAAGAACAUACGGAGGUUAAUCAUCGCGGUGGAUCAGGGUCGCAGAGCACCUCGUUUUGGUCGCGAUCGCCUUCCCCAACCCGGAAAACUUCUUCUUAUAGUUAUCCCCGGCCCCGUCCGCCUUCCCAUCUCGGCCCGUCCCCAUCGCACGCCACGGAGUACCUUUAUAGACCGUCGAACCCAGCAUACGUUCGCUCCUGCACAGAUUCGCGGGUUUCCACAGCCCUGCGGCCUGCAUUCCCCUGUGACACCUCGGGUCGCGCGGUCGCAAGGCAGAAUGGAGCAGUCCUUACUCGUUCAUAACGCGCAUGUUAACCUCAUUUCUUGUCAAUCUCUCGUUGGUCGCUCCUUAUCACAUACCAACACGUGUAUCUUGAUAUCACCCCCAGAGCAUCGUUACAUGUAGCAUUUAUCUUGGAUUGCAAAC